CUCGUUGAGGUGCGUCAGGCCCAGGGACAGUGACCGAAAUACUUCUUGUGGUUCUAAGAACCGCCGACGUGGCGAUCGAUAUUAUCUUCCUACAACUGUUUGUGGGAAGCACUCAUGUUGCUUUAGUUGUCUUCGACUCUUUGGAAAGUCUGAAAGGCUGUGGUUGAGACUUUACUGAUGGUUUCCUUCGCGGCGCUCCCCAAGACGUUACUCCUUCUCCUGCUCACGUUGCCAGCUCUCGUCGUCUCGGUCGCUCUUCCCUCGUCUAAGAAUGACCCAUUUCGCGCUAUAGUUCUUGCAUAUCGCAAGCGCCAACCUGAGCCGCCUCUCUGCUGUCUGACACCACCUCCGUCAACAGAACCACCAGAUGAUGUCGAGGAUGUCCUGCUCUCGUUUGAGGAGUGGAAGUCCAAGCAGUUCCAGUCCCAAUUCCAGUCGCAGUCACAGACCCAGCCUCGGGUGACUGCUCAUUCCCAAAUCGAAGCUUUAGAACAUACGGAGUCGAGUGCUACCCAGGAACCAAAUGCCACUGUGCCAGACACGCCUGCAUACCUCCCGGAAACAGAGCUUUCCCCUCAUUUCAGGGUACCUAUCACCGACCGCUUCAACUAUGCAAACCUGGAUUGCUCUGCACGCGUCCACACUUCACAUCGCUCUGCCAAGUCUCCUUCGUCCAUUUUGUCAUCAAAGAAAGAUAAAUACAUGCUUUCGCCAUGUUCUUCAGGCAAGGAGGAGCAGUUUGUGGUUGUAGAGUUGUGCGAGGAUAUUAGAAUCGACACCGUGCAACUCGCGAACUUCGAGUUUUUCAGCGGGGUGUUCAAGGAUUUUUCGGUCAAGGUUGCAAAGACCUACACGACGUCUGAUGACGGGUGGGUACUGGCAGGUACCCACAAGGCAAAGAAUGUCCGUGGUGUGCAGUCCUUCCACACACCAACUACCCUGCGCGAUUUCUAUAGGUACAUCCGAAUCGACUUCCACUCACACUAUGGACACGAGUAUUACUGUCCUGUCUCCCUUCUUAGGGUCUAUGGUCUAACCCACCUUGAACAAUGGAAGUGGGACAUGUGGGAAGAAGAGAGUCAUAAACUCGCCGGAGCUCAAGCUCAAGUAUUUUCCUCCAUUGCGGAGCCCCUACCCAUCAGUUCUGGGGGAUCUGAACUGAACAAGUUUAUGGAUGAGCUUGAGGCUCAGAAACUACCCCCUGUCUAUCCUCUUGACACCCCACUUCCGACAAUCAAGGCGCCGUCUACGGCACAUACGAGUCUAAGUAACUCUCAAGCGUCCAAGGCGGUGAUCCGGAAGUCCAACUCAGCCAGCCCCUCUUUUCAAUCUACGACGUCUUCGCCGGCCACUGUUCUUACCGACUCCGCCGUCAUGCAGCAGCCUACCUCGUCCGCUAUCUCAAAAUCUGUAUUGAGUUCUGAGACGAGCAUUACAUCUUCCUCCGACUCCGCCAUAUUCUCCACAGCAUCUCUCUCGUCUAAUGAGAGCUCAUCCACCCAAACCUCAUAUUUAAUCUCCUCAGAAGUCCCACAUACCUCUAAUAUUGAAGCAUCUUUAUCGCAAUCAUCAUCAUCAUCAUUUCAUCACGGCCCAUCUUCGAAUACGCUGUCGACCGCCUUGCCAACAUUAUCUACCCCUCCACCGGUCGGGUCAGGUGGAGAGUCAAUAUACCGCACAAUCAUGACCCGACUGACUCUCCUGGAGGCAAAUCAUAGCCUUUAUGCACGUUAUGUGGAAGAGCAAACUGCUGGUGUACGCGAAGUACUCAGAAGGCUCGGUGAGGAUGUUGGUAGGUUGCAAAGCAGUCGCAUACAAGCACAAAUGUAUCAGCGCACAGUUCACGAGUGGGAAAGACAGCGGCUUCGUCUGGAGUUCGAACACAGUGAAUUACUCUCCCGAGUAAAUCAUCUUGCUGAAGAGGUCACCCUUGAAAAACGUCUUGGCAUUGCACAACUUUGCCUACUUCUGGCAGUGCUUGUAUUCAUAGGCUUGACCAGGGGUGCAUCGUCCAUAGAACCCCCUCAACUCAUUACUCGUCCUGCGAGAGAAUGGGGCCGACGCAACUUGAGCUUCGCUAGCAAUAACGCUGAACGUAGCUCGAAUAGUUUGCUGUUCCGAAGUCGCAGUCCUCCUGACAUUCCUGUCGGCAAGAGGUCUGAAACUAUAAAGGAUCGUUCUUCAUGCCCAGAUUCUCGUGUAGACUUUUCGUCUCAUCGAACACAACGGUCCUCUGAUCACAACUCCAUUCCACGCCGACCCCUGCACUUUACUGCCUUAGCAGAUAAACGAUCCACCCCGCGCAGGCUCCACCGCCGCAAAACGGCCCGGCCCUCCAUUUGCCAAUUUUGCACUUCGCACCCCCACUCGCCGCGUACCUAAUUCCAUCUCCACAGAGACAUCCACACUCCCUCGUGCCGCCCAUAUGGUACGAACAAACU